UCCCUGCGCUUUUGCAUGCAGCCUGAAUUAGAUUUCCCGAGGCAGUCAGUAAUCUGAGGAUUCCCUCUUGCUGUGGUUUAUUUUUACACUAAACUUUAGGAUUCCGUCCUUUCUGCUCUGGUUGAGAAUGACACAAUACUGGGUGACAGUGAACAACAAUCUGUAGAAUGAGUAAAGCCUCGUUUCGGAUGGUCACUUAGAAUAUUUCACCCAGUGGUGCCUCCAGUUGUCUCGGGAUUAAAAUAGCCGUAACUACUUUAAAAUAGUAACUUUUCGUAUGUAUUUUAUCCCAUUAAAAAUAAACCAAAUAACUUUUCAAAAGCCUACUUCCAUGGAACUUUGAGCAGUCGCUUUACCUUAGUCAUCAAACGUAACUAGAAGCAGUUAUCUCAUUGUUGCCAGCUGUCUGAAUCAUAAGGCCGUUUGGUCUUAGAUAUGGAAAGGGCCUUAGAAAGCCCCUGUCCAGUGUCCAGACAUUGCCUUCUGAGAAGCUGUUGAAACAGAAUCAGGCCAGGACUCAGGGCUGCAGCUUUCCAGUCCAGGCUUCCCCCACAACCCUGCUAACGGCUGCCCUUUACGCAGGUUUCAGGCCAGGGUUCUGAGAAAUGUGCUAGUGAUGCACAAGAUCCCUCAGUUGGUAAGACUCCUUUGUUCCCAGAGGACUCAACGUUGUGUAAAAUCUCUGUCGCGCCUUUUAUGAUACGAUACUGAACAGUAUCUUUCCGGAAGUCCAAAUCCAGGUUGCUAGAUUGAACCCGAGGGUAACAGCUUUGAGUCCAGCGAGCUCUCAGUAGAUGAUUUUUGGUACAAGUGAUUUUCAUCCGUUUUAUUUUUAUUUGAUUUGAGACCUGUUCAUCUUGUCACUAGUUAAUACUUUCAUUUUCACCCAGUAAAUUAAUAAAGGCAGUAAAUAAAAAUAGACAUCAGCCUUUCCCCCCAGAUCCAAGUUGGUUGAAGAGCGUCUUUUGAGUCUGUGUAUUCUUUUCACAGACGUGUUUAUUGAUACGAUCCGUCCUUUGCAAGGAAAGCCUUAAAGUGCUAAGAGAGAUGGGAAAGGAAGCCUUGAAGUGAGACGGGAGGGUAUUAGGGACUUUGUCUUCAGGUGCAGUCUGCUCUUGAGAAUUGCUUGCAGUCAGGCAUAGCUUGUUCCCUAACUGCAUGGUGAUUGGAGUGGAGGGAAAACGGGUAGUCUAGGAUUAGAGAAUGCGGGUCGAACAAUUGCUUGGUACAUGGUAGGCACUUGCUACAUUUGUUGAACGUGGUGAAUUCUUUAGCCAGAGGCUAGCAUAGUAUUGGUGCCUGGCCACAAAGCCUUAAAUUGCCAUGUUAGUCACCCACCAGGUGCAUUGCUCAGUUAUGCUUUGGAGUGCUUAAUGCAGUUGGUGAGAGCGGGAGCCACACUCAACGUCUCCACCACGAGGUACGCGCAGACGCCAGCCCACAUUGCGGCCUUUGGGGGGCAUCCUCAGUGCCUGAUCUGGCUGAUUCAAGCAGGAGCCAACAUUAACAAACCGGAUUGUGAGGGUGAAACUCCCAUUCACAAGGCAGCUCGCUCUGGGAGCCUAGAAUGCGUCAGUGCCCUUGUGGCGAAUGGGGCUCACAUCGACCUGAGAAAUGCCAGUGGCCUGACAGCAGCAGACAUUGCACAAACCCAGGGUUUCCAAGAGUGUGCCCAGUUUCUCUUGAACCUCCAGAAUUGUCAUCUGAACCAUUUCUAUAACAAUGGCAUCUUAAAUGGGGGUCAUCAGAAUGUAUUUCCUAAUCAUACUAGUGUGGGAACCAAUCGAAAGAGAUGCUUGGAGGACUCGGAAGCCUUUGGAGUAAAGAAAGCUAGAACUGAAGCUCCAAGCUUGGAUUCUGCCGUGCCACUCAUGAAUGGCGACACAGAAGACGAUGCUGACAAAAUGCACGUUGAUAGGGAGUUUGCUGUUGUAACAGGAAGACUUGCAGGGCAUAACAGAAACCUCUGUUGGAGGCAUCCAGGAGAUAUGAAAAACACUAGCUCCGUAUCGAAUACAUUGACAAAUGGAUGUGUCAUCAGUGGACAUUUGGACUUCCCCUCCACGACCCUGCUCAGUGGGAUGGAAAGCAGGAAUGGCCAGUGCUUGACAGGAGCUAACGGAAUUAGCAGUGGAUUAGCCCCAGGACAGCUGUUUCUGCGUAGCCAGGGUUCUGUCUGCGUUAGUGGGAAUGAGGAGCCGGAGGAGACCGUGAGAGCUAAUCCUGAGUUGUGUGGUUCUCUGCACCUGAAUGGGAGUCCAAGUAGCUGCAUAGCCAGUAGGCCUUCCUGGGUGGAAGACAUUGGGGAUAACCUGUACUACGGACACUACCACGGGUUUGGGGACACUGCUGAAAGCCUCCCAGAGCUGAACAGUGUGGUCGAGCAUUCCAAUUCCGUGAAGGUGCAGGAGCGGUACGACAGUGCUGUGCUGGGCGCCAUGCACCUGUACCACGGCUCCUAGAGAUGCUGCCGGGCUCUCGGAAAUGCAGGAGUCCUUCCUGGUAGCCUGCUCAGAAUCCUGAUGUAGCAGCAACUUGAACGAAUGUCACAAUUUGUACCGUUUUUUUAUACUUUAACUUUCUGAAAAAGUUAACUUCGACGGGCUCCCAGCGAGUACUUGUUUGUGCAUGAGUAGGGCUUACUGAGCGCGUAGCUGUUUCGACAGUGAGGUGUCCUUUUUGUAAGAUGCACUUUUGGAGUUUUUCUGAUGCCAGUCUCAACGUUGUCUUUUUAAUACUGUCACCAAAUAUUGCUGUUUUCCCUUUUGUUAAAAGAUUAAAUUAUAUGAUCAAGAUAAAUUGGAGUGGAAAAUGAGGUGCCUGGUAAUUUCUCUCUCUGUACAUGGGCAUCAUUUUAAAAAGCUUGGUUCUCCUGUUUUCUGUAGAGUUUGGCAGAACACAGCUAUUUCCCUAUGCAAGGUACAGCCUUACAAAGAUUUCCGCAGUGAUUUCUGCACAGAAGAACAUUUGUCUUUUCCAUUAAGCUUUGCAGAUCGCCAUGUGGUGGAAGGUUUUAGUUGUAGACACAGUGGACUCUCCUUCAAUGAUGAGAUCACUGCCUUGGGCUGCAUGGAAGACAGGCCCCACCUGGGGCUGCGUUCUGAUUUCCUGUUUUAUUCCACAUCUCCUGCUUGGUUCUGGAACUGUUACCACACAGAAUAGAUUCCUUUGUAUUUAGUGGAAGUUACUAUUUGUAGGAAUUGUCAGGCCAAAAUAUUUAACUGACUUUUGACAUAUUUUCUUUUUUCCUUGUUUUGUUUUCUGGGGUUUUCUGCUCUAAGAUAUAUACCACUCUAUAUAUCCAGUUAACCGAGAGAAUUUUGACUCUCUUACUAAAACUGCAUUAAGUUUUUGAUUUUGUAGAAGUUAGCUUUUGUCUAGGCAACUAGUGGUUAUACUGUGCAAAUAUUGUAAUGAAUUUUUACUUUGUUGAUUUUUGUAAUAAAAAUUGGUGCAGAUAGAGAAAAUAUCAAAUGAACAAACCAGUGUUCUAAGAGUGUUAAUAACAUUUUGUUUUAAAACUGUCCUUCACAAAUGGAAUAAAAAACUCUCACACUCA